AUGAAUGACCUAUCAAAUCUAACCGAAAUUGGUAUUCGUUAUUUAUCUAAUUAUUUAUUAUCUAUCGUUUCUAAGCAAAAGAUUUAUGUACCAGAGUUAUCAUGUCUAUCACCACGUUUAGGUAAUUUAUUACUUAAAACGAUAGUUAAUACCAAACGAAUAGAUUCAUCGAACUCGACCGAUUAUUUUCUUUCAUUAUUUAAUAAUAGUGGUCAAAAAAAGAGAAAAAAAUCAGAAGUAAUUAUACAAUUAAGUGAACUUUAUUUUCGUUCAUGUUUAUUUAUAACAAAUAAAUCUAUAUCAAAAUAUUUAUUAUCACAUGAAUUAAUUGAAAUAAUUGAUUUACGUGAUUGUAAUAUUACAUAUGAAAUAUUUCAAUUAUUAACAAAUUAUUUUCCUCGUUUAACAACAUUAUACAUUGGACAUACAGAAAGUAAAAUUGAUGAAAAAAUAAAUUCAAUUGAUUUUUUUCCAACAAAUCAUAUUGAUACAAAAUGUUUUUUAAUUAAACCAAAAUUAAAAUAUCUUUCAUUAGAAGGUAUACAUAAUACAAUGUCAAAUGGUCCAAUUGAAGAAAUUUUUUAUCAUUCAUUAACACAAUCAAGUGAACAAAUACGUUAUGUUGAUUUAUCAAGAAAUUCAGCUAUUGAAAAUUUAAUAUAUAUUGAUUGUUUUAAACAAAUAAAUUCAUUAAUACUUUAUGAUAUAUUACCUAGUGUUAUUGAAUCAUCAAUUGAUUCAAUAUGUUGUUUACAAACAUUAGUUUUACUUGAUUUAUCAUUUAAUCGUCGUAUACAAGAACCACAAAAUUAUUCAAGACCAACAAUAAUAUUAGCAAAAUUAAUACGAUCAUUACCAAAAUUACUUUCAUUAGAUAUAAGUGGUACAAAUUUAGCAGGAGCUUUUUCAUUUGAUCAAAGUGAAGAAUUAAAUUAUAUAAAAAAAGAACUUUCAAUUGAUGAACAAGAAAAUUUUACAAUACAAUCAAGUAUAGCCGGUUUACUUUUAUUAAAACAUGAAUUAGAAUUUCUAGGACUUUUUGAUGUUGAUGAAAGAGGAUCAGCUAGACGAUGGUUACCAGCAAAAAAAAUAACUGGUGAACACAGUGAAGAAAUGAUAGUAACAUCUCUUUCUUAUUAUAUGGAACGACCGAGUAUGUUAACACAUAUUAUGGCACAUUUAUUUCGUUUAUACAAUCAUUAUACUAUUCAAAAUCCAUUUGAUGCUGGAAAGUUAGUAAUGGAUGGUAUGGAAAAACAUUUACAUGAUCGUAGUCUUCAAACAUCGGGUAGUGCAUGUUUAUAUUAUGUUGUUGAUUUAUUUCAAACUGAAUCAGAUAUUAUGUUGGAAAAAUAUAAUGAUUAUUUAAAACGAUUACUUAUUACUAUACUUAAUGCAAUGAAUGCUCAUCUUCAACAUUCACCUAUGAUUCGUAAUGGUCUAUUAACUAUAUCUCGAAUGCAAAUGCAUGUACCAAAUCAUAUUAUGAAUGCUUUUGAACAGACAGUUACUGUACUUAUAAAAUUUAUUUCACUUUAUUUAAAUGAUAGUGUUGUACAUGAACAAAUUUUACUUCACAAUGCAUUGUCAGUACUUAAUCAUGUAGCAUGUAGUGUUGAUGGCCAAGAGAAAUUAUUUAUUGGAUAUGCUGGUGCUAUUGAAGUUGCUGUAGGAAUAAUUCGUCGGUUUUUAAUAAAAAAAACUAGCUGUGAAAUAGUUGAAGUUGCUUGGACUUUACUAUGGAACAUAACAGAUGAAACACCUGAGAAUUGUCGACGAUUUAUUGAAGAUAAUAAUGGUUUACAAACAUUUCAUGAAUGUUUAGAUUUAUGGUCGGAUAAACGUGAUCUUGUACGAAAUAUGUUAGGUUUAUUAGGAAAUGUUGCUGAAGUAAAAGAAUUAAGACAUUAUCUUGUUACUCCUUUACAUAUGGAAAAAUUUAGAAUUUUAUUAAAACGAUCACAACAAAAUGAUAUUGAAAUUCCAUAUAAUUGUGGUGGAAUUCUUGCAAAUAUACUUUCCGAUGGACUUGAAGCAUGGACAAUUACUUCAAGUAUUGAACAAUCUAUUGUUAAUCAAGAAAUUUAUGAUUCUGUACAAACAUGGGAUUUACAUAGACAACGAACGAUUAAUUAUCGAUCAUUGGCACCUAUUUUAAGAUUAUUGAAUGAAAAUUAUCCAAGCGGUUGUAUUAUGUGGGCGGUUUGGGCAAUGACAAAUUUAACUACGGUUCUCCCGGAGAAAUAUUGUACAUUAGUACGGAAUGAAAAUGGUGAACCAUUACUAUCUCAAAUUCUAUACAGUGAUAAAAUGAGUGAACCAAUAAGAAAUUUAACUCAAGCAGCCCUUACGAACGUUCAACGUUUUUAUGAUCCACCAGUUCCCAUGGAUAUUGCCCCAAAUGAUGGACUUGAAAUUUGA